UUUCUUCAAAAUGCACCGAUAAAAUCCCUUGAAAUUAACAGAAUACAAAGUUAUCACAUAAUAGUUUUUAUAUGCCAAAAAUCAGAUAUGUGUUAUUUCAAAUAAGAAAAAUAAUUCACCUUGGUCAUAUAGAAAUUUGCUAUCAGGAGUGCAAACUUCUACUAGAGUUAUUUCCCUUAGUACAACUCUUUUGUUGUUUAUGUUGAAAAUGAAAGUAGCUUCAGCAGCAGACACACGAAAUGGUUUGCAAUUUUAACACAAACUGCACUACAGAUGAGUGUUCUGAUGAUGUAACUGAUAUCAACACAUGUGAUUGCAAUGACAAAAAUAUAAUUUUAACUGAAUCUGGUCUUUUGCCAAAGAAUUUUACUGAUUUUUAUAUAUGCUCAACCCAUUUUAACCAAUUAUUGAAAAGAAACUCGGAUUUGAGAAGGAGAAAAGUAUGUCAGCUUCCUACUUUGAUAAGUGCUCAUCCUCCAGUAGCAUCACAUUCUGUUGUUGGUGUUAAAAAGCCAAAGCCUAGCCGCAAUAUCACCAUCAAUGAUGUAGAGAAAAUUCAGAAGUGUUAUGGCCUCACACUUCCUAUUGGAACACCUGCAUGCACUAGCUGCCUUAUUAAAAUUUCCAAGCAGUCCACAGAGAUAGAAGCUGAAAGUCUGGAUCAAGGAAAGUGUGAAGAUGACCAGAUUCAGCAAUGCACAAACUUGAAUACAGAUGAUGAAACCUAUCUCAUGGAGACUGACGAGUUGGAUAUGUUAACAGAAAAAGAAAAUAUUUGUGAUAAUCUUAUUGAAAUUUCAGCAUCUGAAUAUACAGUUACAUCAGAAGAGUCAGGAAGUCAAAAUUAUUUAUCCCAGUCACAACAAUCAGUCAGAAGUUAUGAACGUGGCAGUUACUUGACAUCUUUGAAUGAUUUCCUGUCAUCAGUCAGAUUGCAGGAAUUCUCAGAAAAGAAAGAAAAACAUGGCAGUCCUACACAUUUAAAACAAGAAACACCUACAAAGAAAGAAUUGAUGAGAUUAUGA